AUCUCCCAACUCAUCUCUGUAACCAUCUCUGCUGCAACAUACUGGGUUUUUCUUAUUAUGUAUAGUUCUUCAACAAAGCAGUAGAAUUAUAUGUGUUGUGUGACAUAUGAAUUCAUCGAUAUCGUUUUUGUCAGGUGGCGUGAGGAGACAUAUAUUCGGUAGAGGCAGAAUUAUUUCUAAUGCAACGAAAUUAAUAGUAAAAAACAAUAUCGAGUUCUACUUUUUCCCUUGUACACCGAUUUCAUCUUUAAAAGUACAUGGUUAUCGAGUAUUAAGUACUGCCGUUAAUCCAAGGAUCAUGGGACAGUUUCAGUACCCAGAAGUUCGUCAAGACAAAACUAUUAUCGAUACGUAUCAUAACGUUGAGGUACCUGAUCCAUAUAGGUGGUUGGAAGACCCCGAUUCAGAAGAAACAAAGGCUUUCGUUGAUGCCCAGAAUGCACUUUCGAAAGAAUAUUUACUUUCCUGUAAAUCCCGUCAAGGCAUACACGAUCGAUUGAAACAACUUUGGGAUUUUCCCAAAUACUCGUGUCCUGCAAGACAUGGGGAUAAAUAUUAUUUUUAUCAGAAUACUGGCUUACAGAACCAAAGUGUCCUGUAUUCUCAAGAUGACCUAGAGGAAGAACCAACGGUUUUUAUAGAUCCUAAUAUUUUAUCAGAUGAUGGAACAGUUGCAAUUGCAUAUAAUCAAUUUAGUGAAGAUGGUAGUAUUUUUGCAUAUGGGCUGUCUCGUAGUGGUGCAGAUUGGAGCACAAUUCAUUUCAUGAAUGCAAAAACAGGAGAAAAGUAUCCAGAGGUUCUAGAAAUGAUUCGAUACUCUCCUAUAGCAUGGACUCAUGAUAAUCGAGGUAUUUUCUAUGGUUGUUAUCCUGAUCAGAAAGGAAAAGCUGAUGGUUCGGAAACACAGGGUAAUCAAAAUCAAAAACUCUGUUAUCAUGUUCUUGGCACGCCACAGUCUGAAGAUGUAAUUGUAGUUGAAUUUCCUGAACAGCCUUUGUGGAGAAUAGGUGCUGUAGUUACGGAUUGUGGUAACUGGCUUAUGGUGACACCUUUGAAGGAUUGUAGAGAUAACCUUGUGUACUUUACAAAAUUAAUACCUGAAAAUAAAAUAGAAGGAAAAUUACCAUUAACACAAGUCAUAGAGAAGUUAGAAGCUGAUUAUGAGUAUGUUACAAAUGAUGGUACGAAAGCAAUAUUCCGUACAAAUAGAAAUGCACCCAAUUUUAAACUCAUAGCUAUUGAUUUGGAUGAUUACACUGAGGAUAAGUGGACUGUAUUAUUGCCAGAGCAUCCAAAAAAUGUUUUAAAUUGGGCUACUGCUGUUGAUAAAGAUAAGCUCGUUGUGUGUUACAUUGAAGAUGUUAAAAGUGUGUUGCAACUGCAUAGUCUGAGAACUGGAGAAUUACUCAGGACAUUUCCACUGGAUGUUGGUACUGUUGUUGGAAUUUCUGGUGAUAAAAAGUAUUCAGAGAUAUUCUAUCAAUUUACUUCCUUUUUGACUCCUGGGAUAAUAUAUACAACUGAUUUACAAAAAAAUGAGUCUCCAAAGGUGCUACGGGAAAUCAAGGUGAAGAACUUCGAUCCUACUUUAUAUGAGACAUCUCAACAGUUUUAUAAGAGCAAAGAUGGAACUUUGAUACCCAUAUUUAUCGUGAUGAAGAAAAAUACAGUAUUGGACGGCUCCACGCCAGCGUUACUCUAUGGCUAUGGAGGUUUCAACGUCAGCAUUCAACCAACGUUCAGUGUGACAAGGCUUGUGUUCAUCCAGCAUUUAAACGGCAUACUUGCAAUUCCUAAUAUACGCGGUGGAGGAGAGUAUGGCGAAAAGUGGCAUAACGCUGGUCGUUUUCAAAAUAAGCAAAACACAUUCGAUGAUUUCCAAUGUGCGGCAGAAUACUUAAUUGAAAAGAAAUAUACUAAUAAAUCGAAGUUAACAAUACAUGGCAGUAGCAAUGGAGGACUUCUGGUUGCAGCCUGUGCAAAUCAAAGACCGGAUCUUUACGGUGCUGUUAUCGCUCAGGCUGGUGUAAUGGAUAUGUUACGAUUCCAUAAAUUUACAAUUGGCUAUGCUUGGACCUCCGAUUAUGGAAGUUCGGACGAUCCGAAACAUUUCGAGAGUCUCCUGAAGUAUUCACCGCUGCAUAAUAUAAAGCCACCGGAAAAUGCAGAACAAUAUCCAGCGAUGCUAGUUUUGACUGCUGAUCAUGAUGAUCGCGUGGUGCCUUUACACAGCUUGAAGUUGGUAGCAACACUCCAGAACACGCUAAGAAAAUUACCAAAACAAACAAAUCCUAUUAUAGCUAGGAUAGACACUAAAUCUGGGCAUGGCAGUGGAAAACCUACUGCAAAACUCAUUGAGGAGAGUACCGACAUUUUAUCAUUUAUAACCCAAGCAUUAAAAUUGCAAUUUGACCCUUAAAUACUUGCUGCCAUAAUGUGUGAAGAACUUUGCUGACAUAAAUAUUACCACAGUUAUCGUAUUCUAUGCGAUGCAAUGGAAACUUUGCCUUUACUGAAUGUAUUAAAUUGAAAAUUUACCAAGAUGCAUGUUACGUUUAAAACUGUGCAUUUAUAACCUAGAAAAUUCAGACUGCUGGUAUUAUAUGCAUUUGGCCUUAAAAUUCUGUGACUUUAAUAAUGCCGAAUUAACGUGAUAUCGAUGUUAAACAACAUAAUUUUGUAUUACUGAAUAGCUGAAAAUGAUGCAUUGAUGUGUUACUGGCUUUUAUCAUAUUAAGUAUGGCAAUUCUGAAUUUAUUUUAAUAAGUUUAUAUCAUCUUUCCUGUACAAUUAAUUUCUUCAUUUAAAAUAAAUGUCAAUUUACUAUUUGGAAAAUAUCUAAAACUGUAAUCCAGUAGAUUAUUUACAUUCACAGCAAAUUAAAUAUAAUAAACUAUAUUAACUUUCGCGAUUAAUAUGAACUUUAACUAAUAAUAUUUGGUAACAGUUUAUUGUAUUAUCAAAGUUGAUAACAGUAUAAUUAUAAGUACAC